AUGGCAACUGCACAAAGUGAGAGAGUAUUUGUCCUCCCCGGGGACCAGAUAAAUCCUUCAUUGAUUCCAUCGCAUCCAAAACGAGCUUUACGACUCGGUCCUGGACUUCGACAUAUCCCUCCGAAUGAGUUGAUACCUACAGUCGCUGGCCAACUCGUCACUGAUCCUAGGAAGAAUUCGAUAUGGGUUGAAUACAACGGAGGGCGAUACGUACCAACGGUCGGUGACCUAGUCAUCGGUACCAUGCAUCAUUCAGCAGCUGACUACUUUUACGUCAUGCUGUCCAACUAUACUUCCAAUGCUAUACUACCACAAUUAGCAUUUGAGAUGGCCACGAAGAAGACGCGGCCCAACUUGAACCCCGGUGCUCUAGUCUACGCGAGAGUCUGCCUUGCCAAUAGACACAUGGAUCCUGAGCUCGAAUGCGUCUCGCCAAGCACAGGAAAGGCAGACGGCUUGGGUCCUUUAAACGGCGGCAUGCUAUUUGAUAUAUCAUUAGGAAUGGCUCGACGGCUUCUAAUGCGUAAAUCCGCCGAAGAGGGCAAGGUAGUUGUCUUAGAGGAGCUAGGGUCCGCGGGUCUUGCUUUCGAGACAGCGGUCGGUAGGAACGGGAAGAUAUGGGUCAACAGUGAGAAGACGAAGACUGUGCUGAUGGUUGGAAGAGCAGUAAAGGAGACAGAUGAAAAGAGCCUUACUAUUGACCAGCAGAAGAAGUUAGUACGAAAGCUGGUUAAGGAGAUGAGUUAG